CGCGCGGGGCGCCGAAGAGCGUGCCCCAGCCUCUGGAGGAGACGUGAGUGACAGGACCGGCGUCCAACCGGCGCCCUGUGUCCUCCUCCGCCGCCACCACCCCACUUUUUCGGGGGCCCACCCUUUCCAGAUCGACCUGGGGACUUGGGAGAAUGUCCAGGGUCAGAACUGCAUGAGCCACUGGCCGGGCGCUUGCUCUUCUGACACGCUGCAGGAUCUCUCCGUGGGCCGCGAUGGCAGAGCAGUCGGACCAGAAGGUGAAGUACUACACGCUGGAGGAGAUCCGGAAGCACAACCACAGCAAGAGCACCUGGCUCAUCCUGCACUACAAAGUCUACGAUCUGACCAAAUUCCUGGAGGAGCAUCCAGGUGGAGAAGAAGUUCUGAGGGAGCAAGCUGGAGGGGAUGCAACUGAAAACUUUGAGGAUGUUGGGCAUUCUACAGAUGCGCAAGAAUUAUCCAAGACAUUUAUCAUUGGAGAACUUCAUCCAGAUGACAGAUGGAAAAUAGCUCAACCUUCAGAUACUCUUAUUACUACCAUUGAUAACAACAGCAGUUGGUGGACCAGUUGGGUGAUCCCAGCAAUCUCUGCAGUUGUUGUGGCCUUGAUGUAUCGAUUCUACAUGUCAGAGAACUAAUCACGUUUUUUAAAAAGCCAGUAAAAGAAGAGACUGACUUAAACCAGGAUAUAAAGAAGCCACUUUUCAUUGUCCACUUUGCCUGACAGAAACCAACUUCAUUUGCAAAGAGAACUUUAAAGUGUCCAUUUCCCACCCCUCUACCUCCUGACAUCCAAAAAGUAAACUAUCCUUCUGUACACUUU